AUGUCGCCCGAGCCGGCCGCGGCCUCCAAGGCGGAAAAGAAGCACAAGAAGGACAAGUCGGAGAAGAAGCGCGCCCGCGAGGACGACGCCGCCGCUGCCGAUGCAGAGCGCAAGCACAAAAAGUCCAAGAGCAUCGCCGCCGCCGCCGCGGAUGUCGCCGAGGCUCAGCCGAGUAAAAGGGACAAGAAGGACAAGAAGAAAAAGGACAAGAAGAGCAAGCACGAGGAUGAGCCCGUAAAGGCGGAGGCGGAGGAGCAGCAGCCCGCGGCCGAGGAGGCCAAGGCUGAGAAGAAGAAGCACAAGAAGAAGAAGCACAGGGAAGCCGAGGAGGCUCCGGCCGCGGAAAAGCUGCCCGCCAAGACUGAGGACGAUGCCGAGAAGAAACAAAAGAAGAAGAAAAAGUCAAAGAAGCAUGCCGACGAACCCGUCACCGCGGACGCCGCGCCGACGGACCCCGAUGCCAUGGACGUCGACCAGCCCCAAACAUCGUCGGCAUCGCAGUCCUCCAACGUCUACCAGCCGCCCGACAUACCCGCCAGCCCCCGCUUCCCCUUCUUCUCGCAGACCGUCUCCCUCUAUGAGCCGCUAUACCCGCAGGGCUGGGCGCAACCCGUCACCAACUCCAAGUACCAGCACCUGCAACACCUGCAAAACAAGUACGUGCCCGCUCUGCGCGGCGUGCUGCUCGACUACAAGAACGUGGCCAUCGGGCCGGAGCCAGGGCGGGACGGCGCGGCGACCGACGACGACAUGCCGACAACGGUGCUGUCGCAGCGCGAGUACGCCGUCGGCUUCGGCUGGAUCACGGCCGACGUGGAACUCUUUGUGCCCAGCCGCGGGGCGUGGAUGGAGGGCAGCGUCAACCUGCAGACCGAGGGUCACAUCGGCGUCGUCUGCUUCGGGCGCUUCAAUGCGUCCGUCGAAGCUCGGCGACUGCCGCCGUCGUGGCGGUGGGUGUCCAACGAGUCGAUCGAGGCGCACGGCUUCGAGGAGACGGCGUCGGUCAUCACGGCCGACGACCACGGCGUGGUGCGCCAGGUCCACAGCACGGGCUUCUGGGUCGACGGCCAGGGCGAGCGCGUCAAGGGCAAGGUACGCUUCCGGAUACGCAACUUUGACGCCGGCACGAGCGGCGAGACGAGCUACCUGAGCCUCGAGGGCACGAUGCUCGACCGCGAGAGCGAGAAGAAGCUCGUCAAGGAGGAGGCGCGCACGGCGCAGAUGCGGCGGGAGAAGAAGGUCGGCGGGCGGGCCGUCGAGCGGCGCCGGGCGCCCGACUUUGCCAUGACCAGGUUCGAGGCCGAGGGCGCCGAAAAGAACGAGCAACAGCAGGAGGGGCAGGAGCAGGCGGAGCCGGACGAGGAGCCCAAGCCCGAGCCGUGGACGGUGAGCCGCGCGCAGAGCGAGGAGAUGGACUGA